CUUCAGUAUUGUCCAUUGCUACUGCACUGCACACAAAUUGACCAGCCGGAGUCUUGACCAGUCAUAAUUAUAACGACCAGUAUAUAGCCAAUAUAGCACAUCAGAUGGUUGUGCUUUGUGGACUCUUUCCUAAGUUCAGAGGCUUGGUCUCUGUAGUCCUCCUCAAAUCUGCCAUCCACUCCUCAUCAUCUUCCGGAGCCAUGGCAACCGCUCAAUCAAAUCCAUCACAGGAGGGGACAAUGCCGUAUCGAGGAGUACAGAACCACUACUACGGCGGUCAUCACCAUCAAUAUCAUCAUCAUCCCGAAUACCAUGAACCGGACUAUGCCGCAGCUUCCUCAUCGUCAUCAGGUCCAUGGUUUGAGUCGAUGACUGGGGGAUUCGCUGCUGAUUCGAAUCCAAUUCAGAAGAAUUAUGGCGUCGCCGUGACGGAUGUUGACAACGACGGUGAACUGGAAAUCAUUGUUGCUGGGUUUAAUGGCUCCAACUUAGUCCUGAAGUACAACCAUGAAACCGGACAGCUGGAGAACCUGGCCAUCAAUGACACCGCCUCACCCUACUACCAACUUCGUGACCCAAGGGGGAGCGCAAUAGGUGUCUGCGCAUGUGAUGUCGACGGAGAUGGGCGGGAAGAAAUCUAUUUCUUGAACACGAACAAUGCUUACAGUGGUCGAAAGCAGUACACGGAUAAGCUCUUUAAGUGGAGGAAUGGCCGAUAUGAAGACGUUUUGUCGGACAGGAUCAACUCAAACGUUAUCAACCAGUACGCAGGUCGCUCCGUGGCGUGUAUUGACCGAAAAGGAACGGGCCGCUACUCAAUCUAUCUCUCUAACUAUGCCAAUCGAUGGGUAUCUCCUCCCGUUGGACCCUGUGCUAUGGUAGAGAUGGAUGAGACACAGAGUAACGUCAGCGCUGGUAUCAUCAAGAUUAGGAACGUUGCUAGAGAAGUAGGCGUUGAGGGAUUCACUGGUGGCAGAGGUGUAGCAGUAGGACCCAUUUUGAACGACGAGGGAAGAUCGGAUAUAUUUUGUGACAACGAGGGUGGGCCAAACUUUCUCUACAAGAACGACGGACGCGGCAAUUUUGAUGAGGUUGCAGCCUCGGCAAGGAUUUCUGACGCAGGUGAAAACGGUAGAGGUGUUGCCCUUGCAGACUUCAAUGGGGACGGUAAAUUAGAUAUUGUAUAUGGUAACUGGAAUGGUCAUCAUCGUCUCUACUUACAGAAAACCAAAGGGAAUAGACGAAUAUUUCAGAAUGUUGCUAGUCCUCCGUUUGAGGAACCUUCACCUAUCAGGACAGUGAUUGCAGCUGACUUUGACAACGAUGGUGUCCUGGAGGUGUUCUUUAACAACAUCGCCUACCAUGGCUCCGCUCCUAACAGGAUGUUUAAGAUAAGGCCGACGAGCGAUUGGAACGUUGCCAUCGAAGAGGAGACAGAGCUCGGUGAUGCCGCAGAAGUAAAUGGUUAUGGUACAGGUGGAGCUGUGACCGAUCUUGAUGGUGACGGCAAGCUCGAGCUCAUCUUAUCCCACGGUGAAUCGGCCAGUGAACCACUCAGCGUAUUCCGCUCCAGACGUGGAGCCAAUCAUCGAUGGCUACGAGUCAUGCCGCUGACGCAACACAAUGCUCCAGCUCGUGGCGCGUUGGUCAACGUCGUGACGCAGGAUGGCAACUCCCAACUCAGAGUCAUCGACGGCGGCUCCGGAUACCUCUGCCAGAUGGAGCCAGUGGCGCACUUUGGAUUCGGCCCUUCAAGUGUCCCAGUGACCAUUGAGGUGAAAUGGCCAGAUAGUUCCACCGUCACUCGGCAAGUAACCGAAGAUGAAAUCAACUCGUCAAUCAAGAUUCAGCAUCCUGGUAAUUCAUCCCCAACAUCGAGUGAUGUGAACCAAGAUAGUUCUGGCGCUGAACGAAACGACAGACCGGCAUGAAUAGCCAGCCAGGUCAUACUCGCAAUAACAUUGUAUCACCUUACUUUUCUCUAAUGUGCUUUGUCCAUCUGUGUGUGAUAACUAUGAUUUUUCUUUCCUGAAAUGUGUUUUAUGUCUUUUUUCUAUUGGAAUAAACAUUGGGUAACUAACCCCUUGCUAAGCAUGAAUUUAUGUUACAGAAUCAUAAAAGUUAAAUCAAAUCAUCAGUAUUCAAAUUAGAAGCGUGUUUUAGAACAUAACUUGGUCAUGUGUAGAUCACUCACUAAAUGUGACUAUUUAAUUUCACGUACGAAAUGUAUGUUAUUGCAUGCUUGGACAGUGUCAUGCAUGCCUAUUAUCAGGGUAUUUGUAUUCUUUUUAUAUAUUUCUAACAGUAGGUCUUAAACUUUGUAUUGUCAUUUUCUAAUAACUGAUAUUAUGCUAGCCUGACAAGUCCUUGAAUCUUCCAUACUUAAAUGUUUUAUUGAGAAUGUAAUUCCUUUAAAAUAAAUAUGUGUUUCUAUGUCAUCGAUGAA